AAAAAAUUUAAAUAAUAAAACGGGAAAUCAACAAAUUACGUUAAUAAUUUAGAAUUAUAAACAUUAUAUCAAAUGUCAUUUUGCUUUUUAUCGCAGUCACUUGUUAACGUCAUCUGAUUUCAACAAAAUAAAAUAGAAGCAAAGGUUAAUAACUUAAAUUUGCUAACGUAAUUUGAAACUUGGACGUCCUGUGCAGGAACAAAUAACCUUAAUACAUAAUAAUUUUUAAUUAAAGACGGACUUGUUUCGAAGGUAAAAAUAUGAAGAAGCGAAGGCCUUGUAUUGACAGUCACUCUUAUUUAUCAGAAAAUUCUCGUAGACCUUUGCGCAAUAAAACAUUAUUCACAAAAAGUAAAAGUCAACAUGAAUUAAAGCGACGAGGAGAAGGAAAAAUCACAAAGCAGAAAAGCUGUAAUCAGAAGAAUAAUAUCUAUUUGAAAAAUGAUGUUUUUGACAAUUUGGAAACUCUCUUUGACUUGAAAAAACCGUUGACUUUACCAGAAAUACAUUCAUCUUCAUUAACAGAGAAAUUUAUUGAUUUCACAUUUGAUUCUUCAAGUUCAACAAAUUCAUGUCAUAAUUAUUCUUUAUUUUUGAAUAAUUGUAUUAGUACUUCUAAACUCGAGCCAAAUAUUAUUACACAGCCGAAUCAUUUGGAUGCAUUAUCUUUGAAUGAAAGCGUAAAAGAAACAAAUAUCCAUGAAGAAAUAUUAGAGAAUGAGGAAAUUUACUCUUUAAAAUCAUAUGAAUCUAAUGAAAAUUCUUUCGUAGUUAAUUUAGACUUUGCAAAAAAAAUGGCAAAUGAAGGAAAAUUGUCUGAACAAGAAUUAGACGAUGAAUUAGAAACUUCAUCAAAAAAAGAUGUAAACUCUGUGGAAAAAUUUUCGGAUGUAAUUACUUUACAGAAACAUGAUUCUGAGGCACUACCACCUCCACAUCCACUGCCCCAAAAUAUCGGUGAAGGAAUUCCUGUAAAAUCUGGUCAUGAUCGAGAUUCAAUUAUGAGUGCUAUUCCAUUUACGGACUCAGCAGUGCUUCAAGAUAUGAAUGGCGCUUACGAGAAUUGCAUCACUAUCGAAGAAGAAAUAGAACAAUUAAAGAAGGAAAUAAAUGAGCUUAUUAAUAAAUCUGAUUUGUCUCAAGAAGAUACAAUUUUGCUCUCAGAGAAACAGGAGAAUAUUAGUACAAAAUUAGCUCAACUUGAUGAAAUGACGAGAAAAGUACAAAGAAUAAUAGGUCUCAGUGAUCCAUCAAGUUAUGAAUUUGCAAAAAUGUUCGAAAUGUUGCCCUAUCCUCAUAAAAAAGAACAUGGAGAUGAAAAAUUAGACGAAGAAUAUUAUGGAAAAACAAACGAUUUGUUAGAAGAUGAUGAUAGAUUUGAUGUACCAAAAAUAGAAUAUCCAGAAGACAAAUUACCAAGGGUCAUUAUUUGUGGCAAUACUGAGGAUUGUAUUCCAAAGAUAGUAGUCGCUGAUAGUCAAUGUAAAAGAUCAGAAACAACACAUUUAGAGAGUCUCACUGGGAAAUUAAGUGAAUCAUUAAUUAUGCAAGAAAAAUUAGUUAAAGAAAAUGCCAAGCUCGAAGGUGGAAAAUACAAAUUAGAGGAGGCUAUUUUGGAAAAAGACAAUGCUGUAGAUAAUCUACAACGUAAAGUAUGUGGUCUACAAGCUGAAAUGCGAAUAAUCGUCAAGGAAAAUACUGAAUUGAGUCGUCAAUUAGCUUGUCUAAAUGAAAAAAUUGCUACACCAUCUUGUUGCUACACUUGUCCUGGUGGUUCAUCAUCGUCGCCCUUUUUACCAGCUCAUUCUUACAAUAGUAUAAAUAAUCUUGAUGAUAGUGUUUGUCGCUGUAGAUCUUGUCUUGAAGAACAUGUUGGUGAUUCUUUAGCACUCAUGUCUGGUACACAAAGACUUUCUGGAGGUGGCGCAGAAGAAAAUACAUCAAUUUUGGAAAAUAAUACAUUAAGAGGUAAUAAUAUGGCCUGUUUUUCUCCUACUGGUACAAAAACUUCCACUUCUCCAAGGCCUUUAUCAAAAGGAAUGUGUCCCGCUGAAUUGAACAAUGCAUACGAAAAAAAUACGAAGAAUUUGGAAGAACAACUUGGCAAUAUAGAAAGUGAGGUUCGUACAAUGCAAAUGGAAUUAAUAAAUGUUCAACGUGAAAGAAAUCAGUUGGAUCAGCAAAGAAAACUUUUUAAAUGUACAGCACCUUGUGCACCAUGUUCAUGUAAUCCAACAGCUGCAGAACCAGUCUCUAGAAAUUUUCAACCGUGUCCUCCAUGUGUAGCAAGUCUUCAAUCUGGUGUAAUGCCUACUAAGAUGAAUAUUUCACAAGAUGUGAAUCAAGGUUGUGGUCUUAAUAAUAUCACGAGUGGAAGUCAAUGUAAUCAACCACAAUUGCGUGAUUUAAAAGAACAAUAUGCACGUCUUCAAGAUGAUUAUAAAAGUAAAUUGUGUGAGGUCUCUUGUCUUCGUACGGAUGCAGAAAAAAUGAAACAAGAAACACGUGAUAUUAAAGAGGAAAAAGCUAAAAUUGAAAAUAAAUUAAUUGAUUUGCAAGAAAGAUUAAAGGUUCUAGAAAUUGAAAAAAAUAAAAUGAGCGGUAAUAAGGAACAAUUGAUUGAACAAGAACAGGCGCUUUUGGUGGCGAAACAAAGAUUCAGAGAUGCUCAAGACGAACUUGAAGAAUUACGAUCCUUAACACAUGAUCAAUCUGCUCAACUUGAGGAUUAUCGAAAUAAAUAUCUAAUGGCUCAGCAAAAAGUCGAGGAACAAAGACAUCAACUUGAUCUUAUGGAAUUGGAUAAUGUUAGAAUGAAUGAAAAUGUAACUUUAGAAAUUGGACGUGUUAAGAAUCAGUUUCAAGAGAAACUUGCUGAAUUAGCUCCCUUGCCAGAUAUUUUAAAGCAAACACAAUUAAAAUUACAAGAAUCACAACAAUUACGUCAAAUUUCUGAAAGACAUUGUGAAGAUUAUUCACGAGAAAUUUUAGAUUAUAAAGAUAAAAUAGAAACUUUACAAAAAGAAAUGGAAAUACUUCGCAGUGAAAAUAAUAACCUACAAGAAGAAUGUAGUCAGCAAUCAGAAAAAUGUGAUGAAUUAGAAAAAGAGAAUAGUGAAUUAAGGACCGAAAAUGAUAGGCUUAAAAAUACAUUGAUUCGAUUUGAGGAACAAGAAACUCAAUUUAGAAAAUGUAAUGAUGAAAAAUUACACGAAGUCGCUCAAUUAACAUCUUUACUAGAGCAGGUUAGAGAAGAUUCAGCAAGACAAGUAGCAAGAACAAAAGAAAGAAGUGAAAUGAUGAGAAAAACGAUGCAAAAUCAAAUUUCUGAAAUGGAAAGACAACUUGCUCAAUGUCGUGCAACAGCAAAAGCUGCACAAAAAGACAGAGAUGAGAUUAGACAAAAGAUGCAAGGUCAAAUCAAUAAUUUAAAUGAAUCUUUUAAACAUGCACAGGGACGUAUUAAAUCAUUGCAAGGUCAUGUAAAUUAUUUAAAAACAUCUUAUAGCAAUAUUUUUAGUUCACAAGGUCAAGGAGAGGCUCCAGUUAAUUUUGUACCAGGAGAAUCACCAACUACUGCCGCUGCUGCUAGUCAAGGUUACGAUACCUGUGAUUGUAAUUACUAAAAUUGAUAAA